GACCAGAAGGUUCAGUCGUAGAGCGCGGUGCACAAGGCUGGCUCUCAGAGGUGCUGCUCACUCCGAAUCGACUGCUGCUUGCGUGGCAUUCAGCCCCCGCAUGUUCGCUCGCUGACACUCGAGCAUACUUCCUGCUGGCUUGCUCGUGAUUCCGCGUUUUUCGCCCUCACCGUUCAGACAUCCAUGCUCGCUGCGUCGUCGCCGCGUCUCCCGCCGCUUCUCCCGCCGCUCAGCCCGUCGUUCGCCGCUCGUCCUCCCCUCGCGCGCCCUCCCUUCAUGGCCUUCGCCGCUCGCCUCCUCUCCUCCUCGCUCGCCUGCCCACGCGCCCUCGCCACGUCGCGCGUCUCCCGGCUGUACCGGCCCUACAUCGCCCUCCCGCCGCGUGCGACCGCCACUGCGACCGCCGCUUGCGUCGCCACCCGCAGCCGCGUGGGUUCCACCGCCGUCGCACAGCGCAGCCCCGUCGUCGCUGCCGCUGCCGUCUCCGACCGUCCCGCGUCCCCUCCUCCCCCUUCCGCCACCUGCUUCACUCUCGGCUCGGCGCGUUUCGCUUCGGCCCCGCAUCUUCCGUCGUCUGUCGCGCCGCGAGUGGCGCUGCGAGCAGGCGGAGCAGCGUCGGAGCCGCUUGAGCGGAGCGAGAAGCGGCGCGGCGUGGCGACGAUGGCAGCGACGCCGUCCAACGCGGAGACGACGGGCAGCGCAGAGGAAGCCCCCCUGGCGGCGCGUCGCUGUGUGCCGUGUGAGGGCAAGGGGCUGCUGCCUCUGGCUGGUGACCACAUUGCAGCACUCCUGGAACAGGUACCGGGGUGGGAGGUGGUGGAGGAGGGCGGCUACCAGCGCAUCCGCCGCAAGUGGCGCACCAGGAACUUCCUCGCGGGCGUGAAGCUCUUAGAGCGGGUGGCAGAGGUGGCCGAGGCUGAAGGCCAUCAUCCGGACCUCCAUUUGGAAGGAUGGAACCAUGCGCGGAUCGACAUCUACACACAUGCCAUCGGCGGGCUGCAUGAGAACGACUUCGUGCUGGCAGCCAAGAUCAACGGCCUCCACAUCGAGGACUUGCUGCGGAAGCCAAAAACGAAGAUAACUGGUUGAACGCGUGCACGCCAUGUAUUUAGCAGGAAGUGGCUUUUUGUGAUUGUGUUGUGAGAUUGCAAGGCAUUGUCAUGUGUUUUGUAAAUAGUGUCCGCGUAAAACUUAAAGCGAGACGUCAAAAUAGUGAAGGCGGGUCUAACUUGAAAGGGCCCA